GCGCAGCAGUACGGGCGCCUCUGAUUGGCUGUUGUUGGCGGUGACCUGGCAACCGAGAGAGGCUGCUCUUCAUUCAUCUCCAGAGAGGAUGUCGACGCGAACGCUGCCUCUGCUCUUCAUUAAUCUGGGUGGAGAAAUGCUCUACAUCCUGGAUCAGCGCCUGCGGGCUCAGAAUAUCCCAGCAGAUAAAGCGAAGAAAGUUAUGAAUGAUAUCAUUACCACCAUGUUCAAUAAGAAGUUCCUGGAGGAGCUGUUCAAACCACAGGAGCUGUACUCCAAGAAGGCCCUGAGGACAGUAUUCGACCGACUGGCUCACGCCUCCAUCAUGAGACUCAACCAAGCUAGUAUGGACAAGCUCUAUGACUUAAUGACCAUGGCAUUCAAGUAUCAAGUCCUGCUGUGUCCUCGCCCUAAAGACAUCCUCCUUGUGUCCUUUAACCACAUGGAUGCCAUCAGGGACUUUGUGAAAGACACUCCCAGCAUCCUCAGCCAAGUGGAUGAAACAAACAAGCAACUCGUAGAGAUCUAUACACCUUUAUCUGGUGGAGAGUUUCAACUAAUUAGACAGACACUCCUCAUCUUCUUUCAAGAUAUGCAUAUAAGAGUAUCAAUUUUUCUGAAAGACAAAGUACAAAACUCCAAUGGGCGAUUUGUUCUCCCCACAUCAGGCCCAGUUCCGUAUGGGACGCACACCCCAGGACUCAUAAGAAUGUUUAGCUGUAGUGGUGAGGAGGUGAGAAGGAUGCAGUUCCGUGACGGUGGCAAUUACUGCGGCGCUCUCCGUGAGGGUUCUUUUGAAAUGUAUGGUGAUCGAGUCAUCAAACUGGGCACAAACAUGUACAGUGUGAGCCGCCCUGUUGAGACACACAUUUCUGGAACCUCCAAAAACUCCUCACAGCACACCAAGGUCAACACAACUCCGAAUCCUUUGGCAAAAGAAGAGCUGAACCUGCUUGCUAGACUAAUGGGAGGUCUGGAGGUGCGGAAAUCAGCUAACACUGACUCUGGCUUCCGUGUCAACCUUUUUGCCACUGACGAGGAGGAAGAGGAAGCUUUGAUAGCAAGACCAGAUGAGCUUUCCUAUGAAGUUAUUAAGAUCCAGGCAACAAAGGACAAACAGACCAAUGCAGAGCUGGCUAAGAUCAUGGGGGAGUUUGGAGAGACGGGAGAACCCGCCCCCAGUUCCAGCAGCAAGGGUGACGACCUCCUGGCCAUGAUGGAUGGGCUGUGACUUAAACUUGAUGUUCCCUUUGACUGAGCAGAGUGACUGAGCUGUUAAGCAGGAUAAAGUGCUACAAUGUCUUACUCAGCAAAGAGGCCUUUUGUCUGGAGCUACAGUGACAACCGUAUAUAUUUAGAACGACAGCUAAGCUCAACAAGAAAGUCUCUCUUUGAGAAUUUCACACAUUUUUUGUCUCCUGCCACCCACCAAAUGUGAGAAAUGCAAAUAGCAGGUGUAGAAAUGUACUAUGCGUCUUGCUGUGGGACCAUAUUCAUUUUUUCAUAUUCAUUCUGUGAAGUUACUUUGGAGGUGGCACAGGCCAUAUCAUCACGUAUUUCAGCGAAUGGUUUGAUAUCAGUCUUCACAGAAACGUCUGCGAGGCUUUGAUGUCACAGACAUUUCUGUGACAUUUAGAUCAGUGGACAGAAUAAAAUGCCUUUUCUGGACUGUCUUGUCUAGGACAAUCCGUGCACAUGGAAUUCAUUUAAAUCUGUUUGAUGUGCAACCGAGAGUGCACUUGCAGUAAAUAUUUAGUGCAGAUCCCAAAACUGGUUUACAGGAAGCCCCGGGACAAUUGAUGUGUGUAUGUUUUUGUCUUUAUUUAAAGGGAGUGCAACAAAGUCAGGUAUUUCAAGCUCAAGAAUUAAAAUGUCUUAAAUUGUUGCAUUAUGUAAAGGGACAAUGUAUAUAUGAAACCACCUUCCAUGGAAAGAAAGCAAUGCAAUAUGUAUGGUGGAUGAAUUUGUUUAUUUUUCAUAACCAUAAUAGAGCUUAUUUAUUGAGGUUAAUGUACUGAAUGUUCAUUUGUGUCUGUUUACGGUUAUAUUAAAAUAGAUUUGAAUGUGAAGUAAAGUAGAUCG